AUGUGGGAUAUAAAAGGCAAAACGUUUCUAAUCACCGGAGGUGCGUCGGGCUUAGGAGCUCAGUAUGCAAAAACUUUUUUACAACUCGGAGCUAAGAAAGUAGCAAUAUUAGACGUCGCUGAGUCUGUCGGGGUGAGCUUUGUAACGUCAUUGAAUGAAACAUAUCCAGGAAAAGCUGUAUUCAUAAAAUGCGAUGUCGGCAACGAAGACGACAUUAAGGGCGCUUUUCAAAAAGCUCUAAACGAUUUGCAAAGGCUGGACGUGAUCAUCAAUAAUGCGGGGAUUAUGAGCGAUAGUCCCGAUCUAUGGAGGAAAUCAUGUGAAGUUAACUGGCAAGGUUUAGUUUCGUUCACCAUGAAAGGGGUUGAGUCCAUGCGGAUAGACGAAGGCGGCGCCGGUGGCACAAUCAUCAAUAUUGCAUCCACCGCUGCACUUUUCAAGUUACCUACAAUGCCAGUGUACUGCGGAUCCAAACUGGCCGUAAUACAUUUUAGUCAGAGUCUUGCGGAACCGCCAUUCUUCGAACGUACGGGUGUUCGCAUUUUGACUAUGUGCCCAGGACCGACUGAUACGCCCUUAUUACACAAUCUUCUAGACAGAGCCAUUGACAAGAAAUACGCUGAGGAGUUCUAUGCUGCUGUCCCAACAUACACCCAGGAAGUGGAAUCAGCGGUUAACGCAGUCGUUAAAAUGUAUCAAGAAGGUGACUGCGGUUCAAUAUGGUUAUCAGUUAAAAAUAAACCAGCUCAGGACAUAACUGAUAUGUUUAGGAAUUUCUACAUUGAAUUGGCGAAAGUCAUAUAA